GCGGACUCCUGCGCGACAUGGAGUGGGUGUGGGCGCUCGUGCUGCUGGCGGCUGUGGGCGGCGGGCGCGCUGAGCGCGACUGCAGGGUGAGCAGCUUCCGAGUCAAGGAGAACUUCGACAAGGCACGAUUCUCUGGGCUCUGGUACGCCAUAGCCAAGAAGGACCCCGAGGGUCUCUUUCUGCAAGACAACAUCAUCGCCGAGUUCUCUGUGGACGAGAAAGGCCACAUGAGCGCCACGGCCAAGGGCCGAGUGCGUCUGUUGAGUAAUUGGGAAGUGUGUGCAGACAUGGUGGGCACCUUCACCGACACUGAAGACCCUGCCAAAUUCAAGAUGAAGUACUGGGGCGUAGCCUCCUUUCUCCAGAAAGGAAAUGACGACCACUGGAUCAUCGACACGGACUAUAAAACGUUUGCUCUGCAGUACUCCUGCCGCCUGCUCAAUCUCGAUGGCACCUGUGCCGAUAGCUACUCCUUUGUGUUCUCCCGCGACCCUAACGGCCUGACCCCGGAGGCUCGGAAGAUCGUGAGGCAGCGGCAGGAGGAGCUGUGCCUAGAGAGGCAGUACAGGUGGAUUGAACACAAUGGUUACUGUCACAGCACAUCAGAAAGAAACUUUUUGUAGCAACAUCAAGGAUGUAAAGUUUCAUUUGAAAACUUUCACUUAACUCUGAAUCUUUAUCUCUAUUUAUCUUGAGAGUUUAGUUUGCCCACCUCUCCUUAUCUUCCCUGGGUGAACAUAAAAAUGUAUGUGGGAAGGAGAGAAUUUGUAUGUCCUACUGCGGUUUUCUGAGGGACUAUUUGAGGGUUGGGAUUCCAAACUUUGAUUUAUUAAAAUAUAGUCACCAGCUUCC